CGAUGAUGGAGGCGCCGUCGUCGCUGGAGCAGCGGGUGCCGGCGGAGGAGCGGCACCGGAUCGAGCGGGUGGCGCGGUUCGUGGCGCGGGACCGGGACGGGGACCUGGCGGAGGCGCUGCUGCUGCGGUUGCUGAGGAUCACGCGCAACGGCCGGCGCUGGGGGUUCCUGGCCAACGACCACCCGCUGCACCCCUACUACCUCCAGCAGAAGGUCUCCGAGCAGUGCCGCAUCCUCCGCCCCCGCCACGCCGCCGACCGCUGACCGCCCCCCCUCCGCCGCGCGGCUGCAUGCAUGCAUGCAUCUUGCCGCCUCUGCUCUGUUGUUAAUUUUCCUUUUUCUUUUUCGUCGUCACAUCACAUUUUUUUUUUAGGAUUGUAGUAGUAUGUGAUUAAUUAAUGACGUGCCGUCGUUGUGAGAUCGACUGAGGAUUCAAAGGAGGCAGCCGCUGGUU